AAUGAGUGAACUUUAAAUUUAACUAAGUGAACUAUUAACAACUGUUUAGUAAUAGUGAUAAGUGAUGGCCAAUAGAGUGACUGGUACUUGCUGCACAGCAUCCGUGGAGCGGGCCGGCUUGCCGGGUCUGUUGAGAGAUCUGCAGAGAUUGUCUGAAGACCAAGACUCUGCAGACGUGGUGUUUAUACUUGGAUCGGCAGAAGAAAAAGUUUACGCGCACAAAAUUAUUCUUCUAGCAAGAUGCAAGAGCUUUCAGAACACAAAGCGCGGGGAGCUGUGUCGCAUCCCCGGCUGCACGGUGUCGCCAUCUGUCGGCGCGCACCCCACACCAAUACGCAUGCCACACGUCCAGCCCGAGACAUUCCGACUGUUCAUGCAGUACGUCUAUACGGGCAAGCUUUUACUCCAAGAUUCGGGAGUUUUCGAGAUGAUGACGUUAGCCGCCGAUCUAGGCGUUGAAGACUUGCGCGCGGCGUGUGAGGACCAUGUCACGUCUACGUUGAGCGUGGAAAGCGCUUGUACUUUAUUAGCGGCUGCGAUAGAAAUACAGGAUAGACCAGGAGGUAAAAGCGCGUCAUCAUUUUUGGAAAGGUGUAUAUCAUUCAUCGGAGAUAAUGCUGCUGAAUGUGUGAAGACCAAUGCUUUUCUAAACCUACCCAAGGAUGCACUCAUCAAACUUAUAUCAUCAGAUUUUCUGUGCCUGGAGGAGGAGGAGGUGUGGCGGUGCGCGCUGGCGUGGGCGAAGCAGCGUGCUGGCGUGACCCAGCCCACCGCGCACUGGACGGGCGAGGAGCGCGCGCGCGUCUGUCACCAUCUCGCGCCGCUCAUGACGCACGUGCGCCUGCUGCUCAUUGAUAGCGCCGUAUUUGCUGAAGAGGUGGAGCCGACGGGAGCGGUGCCGAUGGAGCUGUCUCUGGAGCGGUACCGGCGCGCGGCGCUGCACGCUCCACCCCCCGCGCCCCGCCCCCGCCGCCCCCCCGCUCGCCUGCCCUCCGCGCUGCUGCAUGACGAUGCCGCGCUGCGCUCGCUGCUCAGUACCUGGUGCGGGGCGGGGCGGGGGUCGUGGCGGCUGGUGUUCCGGGCGUCGGCGCACGGCUUCUCCGCGCACGCCUUCCACGCGCACUGUGACGGCGUCGCGCCGGUGCUGCUGCUGUUACAGCUGCAGAGAGGCGAGAUAAUAGGCGGCGUGUGCUCGUCCGGGUGGGCGGCGGCGGGGGCUGGGGGUGCGGCGGGGGGCUACAUACCGGCGGAGCGCGGGCUGCUGUUCGCGCUCGACCCGCCCGCGAGAUACCCGCUAGUCAAGCGACCCUUCGCGCUGUGUUAUCAUCCCGAUUGCGGGCCAAUAUUCGGUGCGGGCGCGGACCUGCUGGUGUCGCACCACUGCCACACCAACAGCGACAGCUACAGCAACCUGCACUCGUACGGCGACGCCCCCGCCCCCGCCUCCCUCGCCCCCGACUACAACUUUACCGUGCGAGACUACGAGGUCUUCACUUACAACUGACCCGCCUAG